ACUCGCGGACUUUACUGGCUUUGUACUUUGUCUUCAGGCCAUCCGCAAGCCGACAAGGCGCACGUCUAUCUGGGCUCUGACUCAUGUCAUGCGUCGGUAACAACGACAGCCUAUAUAUCUUUCUGCGAAAGAACGAGUAUGGCGAGUCGUUGUGGCCCACAGUAGUGUCUGCGCCAAGUUUCCUCUCGACCUUCUCUGCUGAAUCCGGAUCAGCAGAACAACGAUAUACUACGGACUACCCCAUACGUGUAGAUACAACACUUAGCGCGAGUGUCUUCUGCGGGGCUGAAUCUCACGUUAGCCCCUGAAGAGGAGAGAAAAGCAGAGAAGAGUCGAGUGUUGGUGUGAUAAGACAUCAGGUGCGCGCAUAAACAGAUCGACGGAAAAUGAGUUUCUUCACGAAGGUCUUCGGCGGGAAGAAGGAGACGGCGGCCCCGACGACCGCCGAGGCUAUCCAGAAAUUGCGCGUAACCGAGGACCUGCUCGUCAAGAAGCAGGCCUACCUGGAGGACAAAAUCGAGAAUGAGCUAAUGACCGCCAGGAAGAACGGCACCAAGAACAGAAGAGCUGCCAUUCAAGCAUUAAAGAGGAAGAAGCGAUAUGAGAAGCAACUUCAGCAAAUCGAUGGAACUCUAUCCACGAUUGAGAUGCAGAGAGAAGCACUGGAAAGUGCAAAUACAAAUACUGCUGUUCUUACCACGAUGAAAAAUGCUGCUGAUGCCCUUAAAGCAGCUCAUCAACACAUGGAUGUUGACCAAGUUCACGAUAUGAUGGAUGAUAUUGCUGAGCAACAAGAUGUGGCAAAGGAGAUUUCGGAUGCAAUCUCCAACCCAGUUGCAUUUGGUCAAGAUGUGGAUGAGGAUGAGCUCGAAAAGGAGUUAGAAGAAUUAGAACAAGAAGAACUUGACAAAGAAUUAUUAGGCAUUCAAACUACGGAUGAAUUACCUGCUGUUCCUGCAACAUCUCUACCAAAUGUCCCAGCAAAGAAGACAAAAGCAAAACAAGAAGAUGACGACGAUUUGAAAGAGUUAGAACAGUGGGCGUCGUAAGGUCAGAAUUUAUGAGUAAUUUUUUUUAUGUAAGAAUCAAAGAACGAUGAAAACCCAAACGGAAUGUAAAGUUGUAAUGUAUGAAUAGGCAAACGUCAUUUAAAAUAUAAGAGAAAAAAGAUACAAAUGUUCUAGACCAUGAAAAUCUAUUGAGAUCGUUUGUUUGUUCCAAAUUUGUUCGCAGAGGCUCUUAGAGUCAACAAAGUUUACUCAAUGUAAAUCGUGCGAACAUUCUAACGUUCUAAUCUUAAAGAUAGAAUGAUCAAACGAUCGUUUCAGAUAAAUACUAUCUAUUCAAUUUAUAGAAUGUUUAUGAAUUGCCGCUUUUUAAAUUUACAUGUUACAAAAAGUCACAUGGAGAAAGUCAAGCUUUGGCCAUUUGCAUAGUUGAGCCACUGAUUUAUCGAAUUUCUGAAAGAAAUAAUAAACUAGGACAUCUGUGAUAUUCUAAUGCAUAGGUGAUGUCCUUUGUAUUUUAAAAAAAAGUGGUGCACAUAAUUACAAAACGUGUCUAUUAUUAACUGAUGUACAAUUUGUUUCUUGCAACACAAAACUCAGUUAUAAAUCGUGUUUCAUUAUUAAGUACUGCUAUAAGCAACUCAAUCAAGUAUAACAGUCAGAGCAGGUCUGAUAAAAAAAAAAAAAAUAAACUAAAAAAAACAUUACAAUAUGAAAUUCUGCGGCGAUACAAAAGUAGGUGAAUGCUUUUUAAGCUUUGUUGUCACAUUAAUGUACAUAGUUAUAAUAUUUUGAGCAACUAGUUAAAGAGUUUUUAAUUAUAAAAUUUCUGAACUUUGUAUAACCGCAUUUGCUAUAAAUAAAUUUGAAUAAAUACAAUCUUGUGGUAUAGUUACAUUUUGAAUAUUCACAGCUCACAAUAAUGUGACUACUGCAUAUUUGUUAAAACGUGUACAUGCUUUUUUUAAGUUUUGAGACAUAUACUGCAUUAACAAUCCAGUUCUACAAAUGACUAAUCAUAAUUAUCUUUCGUUAGUUAUUUUAAAACUACUUAUGUUUUUAUUUAAAGUAGCUUUAAAAAUUUCAUUGAAAUUAAGAUAAGAUAAAAUUCUAUCUAUUAGGGCGGCAAAUCUGCAUUAAAUAAAAAAAUAAGGUUAAUUUAAUUUUUAUAAUUGACGAAAUCACGAAAAUUUUUCAUAAAAAUCAAUUUUGUAUAAAAGUAAGGACUAUAUUUUGAGUAUGAAAUCUUUUUGAAAACUUCAGCAGUAGUAAUAAAAGAAGCUAAAAAGAAGUAAAUUGUGUAUUUGUAUAUGUUAAGAUUAAGUUUCUACACUCUGGUCUUGCUUUUACUCACAGCACAUUUUUAAAAGAUCUUUACAAUGGUCUAUGUGGCAAGCAACAAAAAGGAUGCAUAAGGUAUAUACUGUAAGGUUUUUUUAAAUAAAUAUAUGCCAUAUGUUGUGCAAAACUUGUAA